GGAAUCCAUCAUAUCCAAAGUCCGAAGACGAGAUGCAACUCUACCAAAGGCCAACCCUAACCCGCGUAGCCCUCACCUUGGCGGGACCAUCGUCGCCAGCUCGAUCAGGUCUCGGCGCUAUAGCUUCGGGCUAGGCCGGGGAUGACCCCCAACUAGAGCACAGGGUCCAGUUUAUAACUGGGGCAGCCAAUCAACAGCACAUCUACUACGAAAUGGGAGAUCUCGGAUUUGACUGGACCGUUUAGGUCUGUUACGGGAAGCUAUCAGCUCAGCUCCCCGCUGUAACCUCGACACUUUUACCUCAGCGACCGAUUGCCCUCCUCCCUUCAGCCAUUGCCGAACGAGUACCUAGUAUCCCGUCAUUCUUCAGUCGCGCAUACCAUCAUGGCCGCCCGUCUCCCCGCCAGCUUCAUCGGAAGCUUCCUCGCUCGCUCUACUUCCCGCCAGACAUGCCGCUUCACCCGCAACGCCGUCACCACCACACAAUGGUCCCAGCAGCUCUCGGGCAAGUCCAUCAGGGCAUACUCCUCCGACGCUGCUCCGGCGCCCGCUCCUCUCUAUGCCAAGCUGAAGGGUGACCUCAAGGUCGCCAUGCGCGCCAAGGAUGCGCCUCGCCUGGUUGUUUUGCGCGCCGUUCUUGCCGCUGUCCUCAACGCCAGCAAGACCGCUCAGCCGAUCGAGACCGAUGCCCAGCUCGUUGCCCUCCUCCGCAAGACUGCCCGCGCCUCCCAGGAAGCUGCCGACCAGUUCCGUGCCGCCGGCCGUGGUGACCUUGUCGAGAAGGAGGAGGCGCAGAUCCGUGUCCUCGAGGAAUACGUUGCCGGUAGCGGCGUCCAGUCGGUUGACGAGGCGGAGCUCAAGGAUAUGGUCCAGGCGGUUCAAUCGGAGCUGGCGGCCGACGGUGUUGAUGCUAAGAUGGGCGAUGUUAUGAAGAAGCUUCUAGGCCCCGGCGGACGUCUCGAUGGCAAAGAUGUCGAGAAGACCCUUGUUGCCAGGAUCGUCAAGGAGGUCAUGGGCACCAAGGCUUGAACGGACUGCAGUGGAUGAUAUUGGGGAGUAAAAAGAACACCCCAAGCUCAAUGCGGCUUUGCGGAAACUCGACUCGACUCAACCCCCUUCCUUCCUUUACGUCGGACCAUGCGACCCACGAUACCGAUUGGAUUCAGUGUAUUAUUACUAUUACAACCUUGUACAACAACACAUUAAAACGAGCGACGGAUGGCUAGAGAUAGAGCAAGCAGAACAGUCGUUGAAGGCAUUAUGGAUGAUAUCACGAUAUAGUGUUGGAAGCAGAACAACGAACGCUUGUUGGCACAUUGAGGGGGAAAAGCGUUCACUCUAGGAUGCUAGGCGAAAAAGGCGCGUCGCACACUGCUAGCAAUGUCCAAUCUAGACGUUAUGGAAGAAUACAAUGUUCCGCCAGACGACGUUGAGAAGGGAACAAUAUCCAACACUUGAACGAACACUUCGCACACGGCUAGCCCAAGUCAACCAUCUCACUCGAGGUUUACAACAUGGCGGUGCUGCUGUUCCAGAGCAUUUCCCACUCCAUGAUCUGGCGAGGUUACGAAUACUGCCCAACCUAGGUAGUUGACCAUCUUGGCCGGCUUUUUCCCUUGAGACGUAGCUAUUGCAUCACAGACUGGAGCUCCGAGCGUUUUUGGGACGAUUUCCAGCUGAUAAUCCGAGUCCCAGCCUGAAACUGACCGGUCACAGCUAUUACGUUCCACAAAGUCCCCUUUCGUCCCAUGGAUUAUAACAGUGAGGGUUAUUGAUUGCUCUCAGCGUUUUGUUUCUAUCCUUUCCAACUUUGUCACCAAACAGCUUUGCUAGCAAUCAUGAAUGCCAAGGAACCCUUGACAUGGCGCAAAAAUCUCGAGGAACUGUUGCCGUGGCCACCAACUGAUUAACCAAGCGAUUCAAAAUGCGGUGAGGCUUGUAAUCAAAAUUCCAAUUAUAAACGCCUCUAAUCGUGCAAUGUUACCUCUCUCGGGUAUGGUUACCG